CCUUUCUGUAACACACACGCUACAAGAUCACACCGGGAAAACGGAGAGAGGAAAGAAAAUUAUAGGAGAGAGAGAGAGAGGAAGGAAAGGAAACACCGCAGCCCGUCCGUCCGUUUGCAUGUUGUUUUUUGGGGGAGAAAUCGGCUUUUCUUUUCACGCAGACUUGCGGACUAACAUGGGGGGAAGAGAGAGCUCCUGACGCGGAUUGACUUUGCUCUGUGGCUCAAGUCUGUGGCUAAUAGACAAGAGAGGAGAAAAAAAGGCGACAGGGAAGACAUGUUGAGGGGUUUUUCGUCUUGAGGUUGCGGUAGGAUGUUGAUGUUGUGCUCUUAAAAAAACCUGACGGCUCCUCGUAUAGAAAAAAACGAGGGCAAAUGGAAAUUGGGCGGUCGGUUAUGCUCAGGAGCCAUUGUUUUGAUCGGUGUUUAUUUAAUUGGUUUGUUAUGAUCUGAAAUAACGUAGGCCUCUUAGGCAGCCCUGCAGUAAAUAAAUACACGGUCAGCAAACAGGGGCUACAUAGCUGGGAAUUAACCUGCUUGUAUUUUAGGGGACGUUUUUGAAUAGUGUUUUCUAGUAAGCUAAGCAGCGUUUAUGAGCUAUUUGAGGUUUUUUUUUAACAAACGCGGUGGUUAGAUUAUAUUUCUUAGACCAGAGAGCCAAACAUUUCCAGAUACAUCAACUCUUCAGGGGGGUCAUACAAAGGCCCGGUAGGAAUUAAAAAGACUGUUUUAAUUGCGGUGGAAAAUCGUCCACAGCCUGGCUGCAAAGCACAAAGGUGCUCACGAGCAUAGGUAGUGCAUUUCUCUCCCAGUUUAGCUCAAGGCGAGGGACAAAAGAAGAUUUUUAAAUGUUAAUGUCGACCGACGUUGCAUCCAUCAUGCUGCCUGUGUCCCGGGGUCUCAUGGACCGGGAUAGAGAGCUGGACACCAUGGCCGGGGUGCACCCCAACGCGGGCGGCGCUCCUGCGGUUGUCCGGGGCAUGAAGCGCGGAGACCCGGAGCCCGACGGCCAGACAGCGGCCGCUCUGGUGGACUCCACCGGGGCUGAGUGCAAGCGUCCCCGGAUCGACGGCUCAGGAGGGAUCGGCGAGGUUGGUCAGAACAACGACCCUUUGACCCUUGGUUAUCAUGGCUACCCGUCUCACAGCCAGGGCUCUCAGGAUAGUGCUGGCGGUCAGGAGGGACUCGUACCUCCACCUUUCUCUGCAUUCCCUCCACCUCCACCGCCGCCCCCCCAGAACGGCCUGGCCCUGGAUUACGGGGGCAGCCUGUACGCAGCGGGGGCCGUUCAGGGCCCCGUGGAAGCCGGCGGAGCAGCGAACAGCGCCGCCAACGCUGCCAACAGCCUCAGUGUCCAACAGUCAGAUGGGUCCUCCCAGAUUGACGGUCAGUCAGUUGUUGGCUCAGGAGGAGGGGGAGGGAGCAUUGGGGAUGAUACAGACGCCAAGGGGACACCCAAGCGCCUCCACGUGUCCAACAUCCCGUUCCGUUUUCGAGACCCCGACCUACGGCAGAUGUUUGGGCAAUACGGCAAAAUCCUUGAUGUCGAGAUCAUUUUCAACGAGAGGGGAUCCAAGGGAUUUGGUUUUGUAACAUUCGAGACAAGUGCAGAUGCAGAGAGAGCCAGAGAGAAGCUUCACGGUACACUGGUGGAAGGACGUAAAAUCGAGGUGAAUAAUGCCACAGCCAGAGUGAUGACGAACAAGAAGAUGACCACCCCGUACUCUAACGGAGAGGGCCUCGCCACUCUGCCAUACGCUGGAUGGAAGUUGAGUCCCAUGGUUGGAGCCAUGUACAGCCCCGAACUCUACACAGUACCGGGGUUUCCGUACCCAGCAGCAGCAGCAGCAGCUGCCUCCACCGCUGCGACCUUCCGAGGUGCUCACCUCCGGGGUCGCGCCCGGCCCGUCUACAGCGCCGUCAGGGCAGCUGUGCCACAACCUGCCAUCCCUACCUACCCGGGUGUGAUGGCCUAUCAGGAUGGCUUUUACGGUGCAGCUGAUCUCUAUGGUGGCUAUGCAGCAUAUCGUUACGCCCAGCCGGCUGCGGUAGCGACUCCUGCAGCAGCGGCGGCUGCAGCAGCAGCUUACAGUGACAGCUAUGGAAGAGUUUACACGGCAGACCCCUACCACGCUGCGCUCGCCCCAGCUGCCUACGGUGUUGGAGCCAUGGCCACACUGUACAGGGGAGGCUACAGUAGAUUUGCACCGUACUAAAGACACUACAUUUCCCAGGAGCUCCUCUCUUCCAUUGAAUUACUCUGAAAGAGCUCCCUCUGUUGUCGUGGAGGUGGACUGCAUCCAGUUUUAACGUGUGGAGUCGACCACAAGAUAUUUCAGAUCCCACCCCAGAGCAGUCCCAAGUUUUCUUAUAUACGCUACUUCAGAAAUAGAGGAAUGCUGUAUUAAAGACUGACGGAUGGCCUUUACAUUUAAAAAAAAAAAAGAAGAAAAAAAAAAGACUUUAAAUGGCCAUCUUCCCUAUUGCACGGCUGUAUUAUAGUUCCCCCUUCUUAAUCCCUCAGCACUCAGCAGCACAAGACUCGUGAUGGAGCCCAGAUGUUCUUCCAAAGGCUGUGUGUGGAUAAACAGCUGUCAACCAGAAAGAGCUGAGCGCUGUGUGGCCUGCACACGCUCAACAUUUAAGGAAAGAGGGAGGGAGUGUCCAGAAAGCGUCGGAGCGGUAGGAAGCAGGAAGGUGCAUCGAAAGAGCACCUAAAAACAUUUUGAACCAGAAUGACGAGUCACUAAAAUGAUUAUAACAACAAAAAAAACACCCACUGGUGAAUUUUUAUAAUUCCUCCUUAAUGUGGGCCGAUAGGAAUGAGAGAGGAUUUUCAUCGUUGCUGUGUUCUGGUGGAGGGAGACUGAACAUGGCGGCUUGGAGGCAUGAUGAAAGCUGAAGGGAGGGAGGGUUAUUAGAGCUGUUCCUUACCUCAAGUUUUCUUAGUAUGUGGAAAUGGUGAACCUUUAAACUUAAAAUUGUUAUGAUAUGCAAAGAAAUUAGUUUAGAGAAAAAAGUUACCAAAUUAUUAUUAUUAUUAUUGUAAUUAUUCUCAUUAUUAUUCUUAUAAAAACCAUUAUUUUGUUCAACUCGGCAGCAGCUGUUGCCGUUGUGGGACAUGUAGACCCAACAGUGAACCUUGGGGUUAAAAUCAGAAAAUGAGCAUCUAUAUUACAAAUAUACCACCUUUUUAACUAUAAGACACAUCUAUAGUCUCACAUCUUACUUCUCAUGCACAAGAUCUCACUAAACUAUUUGUGCAGCCACCACUAAAACACUACAAAAAAAGAGUUCAACACUACAACUUUGUCUUCUUUAACUUAUUUUAGCUUUAGGUCUGAACAAAAUCAUCCUCCCGAAACCCUGAGGUUCAAGUUGAUACAUUGAUGUAGAGAUUUAUUAUUUGGAUUUUCCCCUCAUGCUCCAUCUUUUAUAGAGCAAAGUCCAACAUUGAACGAGUCUUCCUGAAACAUACUUUAGUCGGUAAAUGUGUUCGAGAUGCUGCCAGCAGCGAUUACUGAGCAAGAGAGAGAUGCUGUCAGUGAGUUAAUAGAAAAUAUUUAAAUGCAAAACACCUUACUAUUGUGCAUAUUUCUAUACCGUUGUAUUCUAUAUUUCCAAAACGUGGCUUUUUUUGGCUUUUGUUUUUGUUCCAAAGAUUUGUAGAAAGCACAUUUUUCUGCCGUAUGUAUAAAUAUAUUCUUUGUUAUUGUUAUUAUCAUAAUCCUUGAUAAUCCUAUGGCUGUCUUUAUUUACUUCUUUUCAUUUUUCCGUUUGUCUUUUUUUUAAUUUUAUUUUUAUAUAUAUAUAUAUCUGUAAUUGUUGUCCCUUCUCCAGUAAGGUGCAAGUUUUAUUUUAAUUUUUGUUUCAGAGUAAAGAUCUUGAGCAGAGCGUACCUGAGAAGCGACAAACUAAAGGUUUGCAUGUAACACUACCAAACUUUUGUCCUCUUGGUUAAAUAUUCAGUCAGUCCAGGCUACUUUUUUGUUUUUGUUUGUUUUGGGUUGAUUAUAGGAUCCGUUAGCAUGACAUUGGAUUAUAUUUCAAAGUAUAAAGGUGCGGCUGGAUUUUUUUUCUUUUUGUGUCCAUGUUUUUGCAGGUGAGGAAGGCAUUUUGAAUGAAUGAACAUAACCUUGUUGCACUUUGGUUAAAACCAAUUGUGUUCCUUUCUUUUUGAGUUUUUCAUUUAUUUUAGUAGUUUUGUUUUCUUCCGUUGUUAUUUGAAGCGGACUCCUUACAUUUCAGUGGUUAAAAUCUGUCAGCUCGGCCAGAUGGUCGCUCCAGAUAAUUUUUAAGCUAUCCAGUAAUAUGUCUGAAAGUGUUAUCUCUCCCAUAUAUUAGCAGGUUAAUAUUCCAACAUGGUGAAAGACAAACUGUCAUUGUGGGAUAUGAUCUAAGUUGUGUGUUAAAUAGGGACUUUAUGUUUUUGUUUUUUUUUACCUAUCAAAUAAUUUCAAAGCUACCGUUGUGUUUUCCAUUUCUCACAUUUGGAAAAAACAGGUCAAUAAGAUGUUUUUUUUUUCUAUUAAAUGUGCUGCUGUUGGAUUUUCUCAUGAUAUUCAACAUUUUAUUUGUAAUAUCUCCAAAUUACUACAGAAUGUGCUCUGGACAUAAAAAAAAUAGAAAUAAAAAAAGAAAUCUAGCCAAAGAUGCUGACUGACAGUCCCCAGCACCUUCUGGUUCUCAACUUGAGAAGUGCAACACAAAAUACACAAAGAUGGACUUAUGAAGCCACUGAAGGCAUGGACAAACCAGCAUGAGCGAUACUUGUCAAGUUUAAAAAAAAAAAAAAAAGUUUUGCAUGAAUCUUGUGUCUUUCAUAUUUGACUCCUGAGAAGCCGAUCUUCUUUA